GCCUUCUGAGAUUUAGGGAAUAAAAGUAAUCUUCGCUCAGGAAGAGCUGAAUCUAAGAGAAAUCCAAGGUGAAAACUGGCAAUGAGAUACUGCACUACCUUCUUCUACAUUUGUGUGUAUAUAUACAGUCUGUCCUUUGAUGUGGAGAAACACAAAAAAGCAAAGAUGGUUCACCUAAUGGGCUUGUGGUUCACUGUUGCAAUUUUUCUCCUCAGCAUUCCAGGAGAUCACUGUGCUCAGAUAAUUGGAGGAAAAGUAUCAGUUCCACAUUCAAGACCUUUUAUGGCCAAGAUCAAAGGCUCAAAGGGGCGCCUUUGUGGGGGGACCCUGAUCAAACCAAACUGGGUAUUAACAGCAGCUCACUGCAUAAUAACAAACAAAACUGAAGUUAUUCUUGGAAUUCAUUCAGAAAACGACACAACAAAACAAGUUUUCAAAGUUAAUAAGAAAAUUUCUCACCCGGACUUUGAUAGGGUCAAAAAGCAGAAUGAUAUUAUGCUUCUUCAGGGUGAUUCUGGUGGUCCUUUGAUGUGCAAAGGGAAACAAAGAGGCAUCGUUUCCUUUGGUAAAGGAUGUGCAAAGCCUAAGUAUCCUGGUGUCUACACCCUUCUGACAAAGGAAUAUUCUCGUUGGAUAAAUAGUGUUAUUAAAAGCAAUUAAUAGAAUUAUCAUUUGAUGUUGACAUUCUUUUUUAUUAUAUUCAUUCAUUAUAAUUUCUUUAAGACAAUCUUUUCCAGGCUUUUCCCUCCAGAUGCAUUUGACUAGGCACACAAUACUGAGCCAACACAAAAUCAUUGAGCCGGCCAGCUAAAAGUACCAGCAAUUUCAGAUAAAUUAAUCUAGAGGGUAACUGAUCAGUUUGGGUAUUUAAGUUUUCUAUUUGAAUGCAAUUUUUUUAACAGUUUUCUUUUCUUUUAUAAAAGCUAAGCAAAAGUUUCUAGAAAUUAUUUCUCUUUAUUUUUCUCUCUGUGUGUGCACUUAAUCUGCUAGAUAAAAUUAUUCCCAUGUUUAUCACAAAUGGAAUGGUAACUUAUUUCCAGAAAGCAGAAGA